AUGAAACAGAUCCUGGCAUCAGCAGAACAUCCUGAGCUCCACACUCUGCAGAACAUCCUCAGCUCCACACUCUGCAGAACAUCCUCAGCUCCACACUCUGCAGAACAUCCUCAGCUCCACACUCUGCAGAACAUCCUCAGCUCCACACUCUGCAGAACAUCCUCAGCUCCACACUCUGCAGAACAUCCUCAGCUCCACACUCUGCAGAACAUCUCACUCACACUCUGCAGAACAUCCUCAGCUCCACACUCUGCAGAACAUCCUCAGCUCCACACUCUGCAGAACAUCCUCAGCUCCACACUCUGCAGAACAUCCUCAGCUCCACACUCUGCAGAACAUCCUCAGCUCCACACUCUGCAGAACAUCCUCAGCUCCACACUCUGCAGAACAUCCUCAGCUCCACACUCUGCAGAACAUCCUCAGCUCCACACUCUGCAGAACAUCCUCAGCUCCACACUCUGCAGAACAUCCUCAGCUCCACACUCUGCAGAACAUCCUCAGCUCCACACUCUGCAGAACAUCCUCAGCUCCACACUCUGCAGAACAUCCUCAGCUCCACACUCUGCAGAACAUCCUCAGCUCCACACUCUGCAGAACAUCCUCAGCUCCACACUCUGCAGAACAUCCUCAGCUCCACACUCUGCAGAACAUCCUCAGCUCCACACUCUGCAGAACAUCCUCAGCUCCACACUCUGCAGAACAUCCUCAGCUCCACACUCUGCAGAACAUCCUCAGCUCCACACUCUGCAGAACAUCCUCAGCUCCACACUCUGCAGAACAUCCUCAGCUCCACACUCUGCAGAACAUCCUCAGCUCCACACUCUGCAGAACAUCCUCAGCUCCACACUCUGCAGAACAUCCUCAGCUCCACACUCUGCAGAACAUCCUCAGCUCCACACUCUGCAGAACAUCCUCAGCUCCACACUCUGCAGAACAUCCUGA